GGCUGAGAUGUCUUCUGAAUCACUGCCUAAAAUAAAUAAAUAAAUAAGUCUGAAAUACUAGAAAUUUUUGCUUGUAUACAUAGGUAAUUGAUUGGUUUCCAGCACGGUAGUUUCUGAGCCCUUUGAUGCCAUUAACACAACUGCAAAUUGAAAGUACUUUUUCCUCCGUUUUAUAGGUGGGGAUUGAACUAUAAAGACUGGCUUUCAGCCCUUAAAUAUAUGGGGUUUUUUGGUGGUUGGUGUUUCCAGUCUCAGAACUGUUUGGGUUUGUUGUUGGUGGUGGUGUUGUUUUGGGUUUUUUCUGGGGGAAAAGAUUUUUUUUUUUUUAAUUAAACUCUCCAUCUCCCUGUCCUUGGGUUUUUAAGGCUGAAAUUCCUACAAGUUGAAGUGUUACAAGAUGAAGUUGCUUUGGACUCCAUCCAGUUGAGUUUUGAAUAUCUUUAAGGAUGGAGAUGCCACAGUCUCUUACAAACUUAUUCAGUGUUUGACUAGACCCAGAGUUAAAUCUUUUUUUCAUAUCUAAUGGCAAAUUCUGUUGCAGCUUGUCUGUUGCCUCUUGGUUUGUCACUGAGACAUCCAAAGUGAAUUUGACUUGGUGUCCUCUUCAGUCUUUUUUUAGUGCCUUGUGCUGUGCUAAGCAGUAAAAUCUGUUAAAACUACAAAACAAUUUUCAUGCUGCUGAGACAUGACAAGAAUAUAUUUCUUAAGAGGACCCAAUAGUAGGCAUAAGCACAGUUCUCACCUUUUAUGCCUUCACUACUUACUCAGGUUAGUAUCUGAUAAAUCAGUUGGUUUUCUCUGAAUGAAGAGUGAACAUGUUGCUGUUUUCUUUUCCUGGAUGCUUGUAUUUCUUUGAGCAUGAAAAGAGAAUGGGUCUUAGUACCUUAAUGACAAGCUUAAUGAGCAUAUUAUAUUAAUGCUUGAGCCAUUAGUUGAGGAGGAGGUAUCAGAUUUAUUAAUAGAAGGAGCUGUACCUGUAUCAGUUCUCUAAAAAGCUGGUAAGUAGAAGCAGACAUUAAAAAAAUCACCCAGAUGGAAAAUAAUUACCCCUUUAGUUAAAGAACACAGUUUCACAGAAGGACCCUGACAUAGCAGAGUUGUUAAACAGGCCUGAAAGUAGAGGUCUUGGUAAUCACAUCUAUAGAUUGUAAAGCAGUAUGAAAUCCUAUAAUAUUAACAUAUAUUGCAUCAAAAUCCUAUCAAUAGGAAGGCUUAUAUAGUUUCUUAGCAACUUUGAGCUAUUCAGGUUUUAAUUUUACUGCCUUUAGAUGAUUAGAGGAACAUUUGAUAGGUACCUUCUGACAUAAAAAGAACCAAAUUUCCUUUUUGCCUUAUUUGACAUAUAUUUUUAACUUAGGGCACACGGUAUAAUCAGAUUUACUUGAAAGGUUUGCCACCUAUUAAUGAAAACAAUGAUCAGAAGAUUGAGCUAACUUUCCUGAAGUAACAGAGGAAAAAAAUGGAAGCUAGAAAUGCAGCUGAACGGAGCUUAAAGGGCCAGAGAUGAAAGAACCUGAACAUGUUUCUGAAGGUUUAAGAUGUGUCUGACAGUGACCUCCUUACCUUAGUAAAAAAGAAGAGUUUUUCAACAGGAGCUUAGAAUAUCUGUGCUCCAACUUUAUUAAUAUACUAACUGGAAUGGUGUUCUGACAACAGUUCUCCAUAGUGAAGUACUUACCCUGCUACAGAACAGUAUUGUUUUCUCUACUGAUAAUGCAACCCAAUGGAGGAAAGUAAUGUUUUGAUAAGCAUGCCUGAAGAUCGCUCCUUUCAUGUGCGAUACAGGAUGGAGGCUUCCUGUCUAGAGCUGGCUUUGGAAGGUGAGCGUCUGUGUAAAGCUGGGGAUUGCCGAGCUGGUGUAUCUUUCUUUGAAGCAGCUGUUCAGGUUGGAACUGAAGAUUUAAAAACACUCAGUGCGAUUUACAGCCAGUUAGGCAAUGCCUAUUUCUACUUGCAUGAAUAUGCCAAGGCCUUGGAAUACCAUCACCAUGAUUUAACUCUUGCGAGGACAAUUGGAGAUCUACUGGGAGAAGCUAAAGCUAGUGGGAAUCUGGGCAACACCUUAAAGGUACUUGGGAAUUUUGAAGAAGCUAUUGUUUGUUGUCAAAGACAUCUGGAUAUUUCCAGAGAGCUUAAUGAUAAGGUUGGAGAAGCCAGAGCACUAUAUAAUCUGGGAAAUGUCUAUCACUCUAAAGGGAAAAAUGUAGCUAGUGCUGGGACUCAUGAUCCAGGGGAACUUCCAGAUGAUGUGAAAAAUGCUUUACAAAAAGCUGCAGAUUAUUAUGAGGAAAACCUGACAAUAGUAACAGAGCUGGGUGAUAGAGCAGCACAAGGACGUGCCUUUGGAAAUCUGGGAAACACACACUAUCUUCUGGGCAACUUCAGGAGUGCAGUUUUAGCUCAUGAACAGCGUCUCCUAAUUGCAAAAGAAUUUGGUGAUAGAUCAGCGGAAAGAAGAGCAUACAGCAAUCUUGGCAACGCCUACAUAUUCCUGGGUGAAUUUGAAACUGCUUCUGAAUACUACAAGAGGACGUUACAGCUGGCUCGACAGCUUAAAGACAGAGCUGUGGAAGCACAGGCCUGCUACAGCCUUGGGAACACAUACACUUUGCUUCAAGACUAUGAAAAAGCAAUUGAUUACCACUUGAAACACCUUGUGAUUGCUCAGGAAUUAAAUGAUAAAAUUGGUGAAGGAAGAGCAUGCUGGAGUUUAGGGAAUGCAUAUACUGCUCUGGGGAAUCAUGACCAAGCUAUGCAUUUUGCAGAGAGACACUUGGAGAUUUCAAGAGAGGUAGGAGAUAGAAGUGGAGAACUCACUGCUAGACUUAAUCUCUCAGAUCUUCAGAUGGUUCUUGGAUUAAGCUACAGCACAAACAACUCCAUGAUGUCAGAAAGCCAGGCAGUAGAUAAGAGUCUGAAUGGUACCAGACCGAGAGUAGGACGCCGCCACAGCAUGGAAAACAUGGAACUUAUGAAAUUAACACCAGAAAAGGUUCAGAACUGGAACAGUGAGAUUCUUGCUAAACAGAAACCACUGGUUGCCAAACCUUCAGCAAAACUACAUUUUGUAAAUCGACUAAAAGGCAAAAAGUACAAAAACGGCACCACUUCCAAAGUUUUGCAGGAUGCCAGUAAUUCUAUUGAUCAUCGACAUCCAAACUCUCAGAGGAAAAACAGUCGAGAGACAAUGGCAGAUGAAGGGUUCUUUGAUUUGCUGAGCCGAUUCCAGAGUAACAGGAUGGAUGAUCAGAGAUACCACUUCCAGGAGAAGAACAGAUUCUCAGCUGCUUCGGUGGCAAUGUCCUCUACUCCACCUAAAACAAUGAGAAAAUCUUUUUCUACUUCUGUAGUCUCACCCCACACAGAUGAAUUCCUAGACCUACUUGCCAGCUCCCAGAGCCGCCGGCUGGACGACCAGCGCGCCAGCUUCAGUCACCUGCCCGGGCUUCGGCUGAGCCAGCACAGCAGCCGCUCGGUCCUCAGCCACCUCAUGGCAAGUAACAGCAGGGAACUAGACGAUGACUUCUUUGAUAUAUUGAUAAAAUGUCAGGGUUCCAGACUGGAUGAUCAAAGAUGUGCACCUCCAUCAUCUGUGAAAGGACCAACUGUACCAGAUGAGGAUUUUUUCAGCCUGAUUUUACGGUCACAAGCUAAGAGAAUGGAUGAACAGAGAGUCCAUUUACCUUCAACUAUAAAGGGACCAAAUUCCAGCUGAAGAAAGAAACAGGUGCAUACUGUACAGUAGCAUCCUAGUUAUUAUUUUUGUUUGCUGUAAAAACAUACAUGCCUUUUUACAGAAUAGUGCAAUUAGUAGUUUUGUCCCCUUUUGGAUAAUCUUUGUAUAAAUAACCAGGAAUUACUUGCCACUGUUUUUCGCAGUGUCCAAGAUACCAAUUACUGGAUCAUCUCCCUCUUAAAUGUAUCUAGGCUAGGAACAGUAAUGUAAUUUUUUUCCCUGUCAAGGUAUUCUCAUUGCUGAUGUGUGGAUUCUACCACUGUCUCUAUCUAGUUUAAGACCUACAUUUCUAUGUUCUUUUUAAAGAAAGCUUGAUAAUUUUUUUGUUCUGAUUUGUACCUUCCUGAAAAAAGGUCCUGUUUUCUUUUAUACUUUUUUUUAAAUAAAAAAAAAAUAGAGAAAUAACUUCAGUA